GCCCUGUUCAUUUCAGUGUUUCUGAAGUACGCUGCCUGAUCCAUUGCAGAGAAGUUUGACAUGACAGGUCGUUCCAAUGAGUGUGAUCAGCAUUGAUUUGUACACAGUCCUCUUCACCCCAUAUUGGGUCCCCAUCACCAUUAUCAGGCUGAUUUAUCGCCCAGUACCUAGCAGGAAGGGGUUAAACCAGGGAGGAAGGCAGUUCAGGAGCAACAGCACAUCUGCAUCCAACAUGAGCAACACCAGCAUGAACAUGAGGGGCAAGAUCAUCUUCUACGAGGACAGGAACUUCCAGGGUCGUUCCUAUGAGUGCAUGAACGACUGCUCUGACAUGACUUCCUACCUGAGCAGGUGCCACUCCUGCAGGGUGGAGAGCGGCUGCUUCAUGGUCUACGACCGUUCCAACUACAUGGGAAACCAGUGGUUCAUGAAGAGGGGCGAGUACGCUGACUACAUGAGCAUGAUGGGAUGGAGAGACUGCAUCAGGUCUUGCCGUAUGAUCCCCAUGCACAGAGGCCAGUUCAGGAUGAAGAUCUACGAGAGGGAGAACUUCGGUGGUCAGAGUUACGAGAUGAUGGACGACUGUGACAACAUCAUGGACCGCUUCCGUAUGUCCGACUGCCAGUCCUGCCACGUGAUGGACGGCAACUGGCUGGUGUACGAGCAGCCCCACUACAGAGGCAGGAUGAUGUACAUGAGGCCCGGAGAGUACAGGAGCUUCAGGGACAUGGGCAUGAGUGGCAUGAGGUGGAUGAGCAUGAGGCGCAUCAUGGAGUCUUGCUAA